GCGCCCGUGGAUACACAUGAAUGAACAAACGCGGGGAACUGAGGACAUGAUAGAACAGAGUUAAAAUCUGGAUGUGAAACAGAAAAAGAAUAACAGAUUGCAGACCAUUUCUCUGGGUACAUCUGAGUUAAGGGGCAGUAUGAAGGCCCUGAUGCUGCUGCUUCUGAUGGGGUUUCCCUUCGUUACUGUGCCACUGAAUCCAGAGGACCCCAACGUCUGCAGUCACUGGGAAAGGUCGGCCAAUUCACCCAACAGUACACCAAUCCAUGGCCCCCAUCCAUCUGAGUUGUCGGUGUCAAUGUUGUCUGUUACAGGGAAAUUCAUGGUCCACCUCUUCAUCUCCCUCUCCCAAACCCAUCCAUCUACUUGUCAGUCCAUGAUGUCAGUGGCCUGUAAUCAACAUGUGUUACCGUACGAUGAGUUAUGCUGUCACUGUGCAGGAGUCCUACGCACACCCAUUCAAUCAGAUCUACUACACCAGGUGCACUGACAUCCUCAACUGGUUCAAAUGCACCAAGCACAGAAUAAGUUACAAAACCGCAUAUCGGCGGGGUGUGAGAACAAUGUACCGGCGGCGCUCUCAAUGUUGCCCUGGUUACUAUGAGAGUGGAGAUCUGUGUGUCCCGCUGUGUACUGCAGAAUGCGCUCAUGGCCGCUGUGUGUCUCCUGACACAUGUCAGUGUGAACCGGGCUGGGGAGGAGUGGACUGUUCAAGUGCCUGUGCCAACGGUCACUGGGGGCCCCACUGUAGUAACCGCUGCCAGUGCCAAAACGCUGCCCUGUGCAACCCCAUCACCGGAGCCUGCGUGUGCUCCGAUGGAUACCAGGGCUGGCGUUGCGAGGACCCCUGUGAUGAUGGUUACUAUGGCAGCGGCUGCCAGCAGCCCUGUCAGUGCCGGAAUGGUGCCACGUGUCACCACGAGACGGGAGAGUGCCUGUGUGCACCCGGCUACACCGGAGAGUUCUGCGGGGAUGAGUGUCCAGCUGGUAGUCAUGGCGCCCAGUGUGAGCAACGCUGCCCGUGCCAGAACGGCGGAAAGUGCCAUCACAUCACAGGGGUGUGCAGCUGCCCUGCUGGGUGGAUGGGGGCAGUAUGCGCCCAGCCAUGCCCAGCUGGGAAGUUUGGAGUCAACUGCAGCCAGGAGUGCUCGUGCCAGAAUGGAGGAGUGUGUGACCAUGUCACGGGCCGGUGUGUCUGUGCCAUGGGGUACAGCGGAGAGCGGUGCCAAGAAGAAUGCCCGGUUGGCACGUAUGGAGCACUCUGCACUGAGGAGUGUGACUGCCAGAACGGAGCCAAGUGCGACCACAUCACUGGGGCGUGCCAGUGUGACGCCGGCUUCAGGGGUCCCUCAUGCCAGGACAGUUUCUGCCCACUGGGGCUCUACGGACUUGUCUGCGACAAGUACUGCCCAUGUGAUGCCAACAACACACUCAGUUGCCACCCUCUUUCAGGUGAGUGCACCUGCAUGCCUGGAUGGGCUGGUCUCUAUUGCAACGACACCUGUCCAGCUGGUUACUAUGGUGAGGAAUGUAUGGAGCCCUGCUGGUGUGAGAACAGAGGGGACUGUGACAGCAUCACUGGAGAGUGUAUCUGUGCACCUGGCUACAUGGGAGAGAACUGUUCCUUGAGCUGUCCGGUGGGAUUGUAUGGGUUAAGCUGCUCUUCCAACUGCUCCUGUCACAAUGAAAUCUCCUGCUCCCCUAUCGACGGCUCCUGCCUCUGCAGGGAAGGCUGGCAAGGUGUUGACUGCUCUCUGCCGUGCCCCAGUGGAUCAUGGGGUUUUGAUUGUAACCAGAGCUGCGUGUGUGUGAAUGGAGCCACCUGCGAUCCAGUGGACGGCUCGUGCACCUGUGCAGCCGGGUGGACUGGGGAAGUGUGUGAUGCUCCCUGUCCUGAUGGCACCUACGGUUUGGGGUGUGUGGAACACUGCGACUGUCGUCAUGCCAACGGUUGCGACCCUGUGAGUGGGCAAUGCCGUUGCAUAGCUGGAUGGACUGGUGUGCACUGUGACAACGUGUGUGAGGAGGGUCGCUGGGGUGCAGACUGCUCCAUGGUGUGUUCCUGUAAGAACGGCGGCACCUGCUCUCCCGAGGACGGCUCGUGCGUGUGCACGCCAGGCUACCGGGGCUCGUCCUGCAGCCGAACUUGCAUCCCUGGGCACUAUGGUAACCACUGUAGCCUCUCCUGUCCCCAGUGUAUACAUAGUGAUGGACCAUGCCAUCAUAUUACUGGGCACUGUGAGUGCUUGCCAGGGUACUAUGGCCCCUUUUGUAACCAAAUGUGUCCUGCGGGUAAGUAUGGCAAAGACUGUGCUGAGGAGUGUGUUUGCACUAAUAACAGCACCUGCAACUCUAUCGAUGGAUCCUGCCAGUGCAACCCAGGCUGGAUAGGGGAAGACUGCUCAACAGAGUGCAACUCUGGCCUGUGGGGGCCUGACUGCAUACACACGUGUAACUGCCAUAAUGGAGCUCAGUGCAGCUCUCAGCAUGGAGGCUGCCGGUGCAGCGCAGGGUGGACCGGCCUUUACUGCACACAACGCUGCCCCUCUGGGUUUUUCGGGGCUGACUGUGCUGAGGUGUGUCGCUGUCAGAACGGAGCAGACUGCGACCACAUCAGUGGUCUGUGUUCCUGCCGGACUGGCUUCAUUGGGACGAGCUGUGAGCAGAAGUGCCCCCCUGGCACAUUUGGGUACGGGUGUCAGCAGCUUUGUGAAUGCAUGAAUAACUCCACCUGCGACUACGUGACUGGCACCUGCUACUGCAGCACCGGAUACAAAGGCAUACGCUGUGACCAGGCUGCUCUUGUGAUGGAGGAGCUGAACCCCUACACUAAGAUCAGCCCCGCUCUGGUGUCCGAGCGCCAGUCGGUGGGCGUCAUCAUGGGAACCGUCUUCCUGUUGCUAAGCAUUGUGGCCCUUCUGAGUGUCCUCAUGUGGUACCGACACAAGCGGCAGGACAAGGGGCACGAGAUGCCCAGUGUCCUCUACACGCCGGCCAUGCACGUGUCCACCACAGACUACUCACUGUCCGACUAUAUGAAGAGCUCGGUGUCGAGCACGUGUUCCCUCAGCAGUGAGAGCCCAUACGCCACCAUCUCAGAGCCACCAUGCAAACACUCAGAGAGCAGCUAUGUGGAGAUGAAGUCACCCGCUCAUCACCAGCAGCCAUGCUGUGCAAACAUGGCCGCUGCUGCUGCCGCCGCCGCCGCUGCUGCUGCUGCUGCAGCAACCGUCACCACUAACAGAAACGUCUACGAUGUCGAGCCCACUGUGAGCAUCUUGUCCUCAUCUGGAGGUAUCAGCUCGGGAAUCUUCCAGAAUCCGUACGACCUCCCUCGGAACAGCCACAUCCUGGGUCACUACGACCUGCUGCCCAUGCGCUCCAGCCCCCCCGGCCCUGGUAGUCCUUCCAGCUCCCUGUUAUAGAGAACAGCGGCAUUUGAGUCACAAAGGGCUUUCCUGGGCCUCUUCAGGAUCCAGAAAGGGGCAAUGGUUUCCGGCCAGACUGGUUUUCCUUUUUGAGUUUUUUUCUUUCUUGAAACACGCUGAACCUUGAGGAGUAAAUGCAAGACCCAUUCUUUGAAGAAGAACAUUCAGAUCAUUGUGAACAACUCUUUUAUGACGGGAACAAUGAUGCUGGGUGUAACAUCUGAAUUCAUCGAUACCCAAGGGAAUAACAGACUUGUAUAUUUUGUGAAUUAAUGAAGUUCAACAAGGAGCUGGUUUUGUACUAAAUAAUAAGUUGACAUUUUUUGCAGUUGAUAUAAGUAAAUAUUACAAAUGUGUAAAACAUGGUGUCAUGAUGAGCUUCAGCGAAAUAUCCUAGAAACUCUCUGAAUUAAAGAAAAUGGGAAUGUAACUCUACAUUCCUGUGCCAUAUUUGGAAGUCAAGACACUUCUUACACCCUCCACUGUCUAUACGAUUGACAUUUUGUAGGUUUAAAUUAAUUUGUCUGUUUACACUUUAAAGAUCCCUUUGGAUCCAGGACCUAUUUUUCUUUGCUUGUUUGUCCUGCUUUUUAUAUUUAUUCUUUAAAAUUGCAAAUUAUUUGAAAUGUCUGUCCAGUAACCAAAGUUUGUAAUAGACAAUUAGUAAGCAUGUUGAAUUAUUUAUGAAUAUUGUGGUUGUUAAGAAGUUUCAUGUCUAGAGUACAACAUGUCUCUCUCAUCAUAAUGCCCCCUAUUAGCCAUAUAUGGUCAGCUGCUGUGAUUUUCAUGAACUAUAUGACAGCCAAAGUUAUAUUUUACUAGACACAUCAUCUUAGGGAUAUACAGCGGUCUUGACCUUCUCUGCCUUUUGGUUUUUGUAAUCAAAGACAACCCCAUCACAAGACGUCACAUACCAUGGCAAAAACUGAGGGGACUUUUUGUUUUACUUUUCAAACCUCUUUUUCUUGAAGAGUUGGUGCAUGCUAGCCUGAUCUGAGGAUCAAUACUGUGUAUUCCCAUCUGUAAAACACUGUGCAAUACCUACCUGUGAUGUGAACACAAAACAUGUAAAUUAUU